AAGAGAUGUAAUGAGCCAUGAGUCAUGACUCCCUUUUUGACCGUUUCUUUUCAUCCAAAAACCAAACAAUAACGGUAACCAACCGCAUCUUCCCCUCCUUUUUCUCUCUUCCACUUCCUCCCCCUCUCCUAAUUCCUUCCAUUUUUUUUUUCCCCCAAAGAAAAAAUAAAAAUCAAACACUGAUAAUUCAUGUUUUGAUUUCGCACAGUUUUCACCAAUGCGCCAAGAUGGAACGCAAACGGACUCUGAUGUUGAAUUGGGACGGCCUCCGCGACGACGACGAAGACGACCGCUUCUUCGAGUCCAACGACAGAAUCUCCUCCGCCGUUUCACUCAACCUCGCGUCGUCCUCGUCCGACGAAGACGAUGACGGCGACGUCGACUUCGAAGAAAGCCGUGUGUCCUUCACCUCGGCCGUGUCCUCCGUCCGCUCCGUCAAAUCCCGAAGCUCCUCGGCCCGGCCCCCCGACUACGAUUUCUGGAUUUCCGCGCCGGGCUCCAUUAAUGAACGCCGCAAGCGCCUACUACGAGGCAUGGGGUUGGACAAUAAGAAAGAUUUGAUCAGCUUCAAACGCAUCGUUUCGAAUAGAUCUCUCGCUCCACCACUUACUUCUACAGCGACUACCGCUCCUAGCGAAGAACCGAAAACAGAGUCGCCUUCGAAUUCGAAUUCGAAUUCCCCAUCGCCAUCGCAGUUUCCGAUCGUUCUGGUCCGGUCACGGUCCGACAGCGACAUCGAGACAUUUUCGAUAUCCAGGCGAAGGAAAGUGGAGCUAAUCGGUGCAAUAUCGAAGCAAAGGCUCACGCGAACGUACUCGAUGCUACUAGCACCACGCGCACGAGUAUUCCCUCCGUACAUGGAUUCCGUCAGGGUGUGGCCGAAAGGAGCCGGAUCAGCCGCCGCUCCCGGCCGGUCCAUCCGGAGUGCGCUGUCUAAGAGCCGGUUCGGCGCGUUCUUUCUGAUCAAGAACCUGGACACGGGGACGGAGUUCAUCGUGAGCGAGUACGGCGAAGACGGGAUGUGGAACAGGCUCAGCGAGCUUCAGACCGGGAGGAAGCUAACGAUGGAGGAAUUCGAAAAGUGCGUGGGGUAUUCUCCGGUGGUGAAGGAGCUAAUGCGUCGAGAGAAUGUGUCGUCGAGGCCGAUGAACGACGUCGACGAAAGCGCCAUCGAGAGGAAAGUCACCGCGAAUUCAUAUUUCUCCAAGAGUCUGAGGAUGAGCAAGAGAGGAGGGGCUGCGCUGUUGAAGAACGUGAGGGGUUUGGCGAAUUCAAUGAGCGGAGUGCUGAUUGGUGAGAAGGAGAGAGAAUUCUCGCAGCUUCCAUCGCCGGUGUUAGAGCAGAAACCGGGAAAGAAUUUGGCUUCUUCUUCGGAAUGGGUAAAAGUCCGGCAGAGCGGGAAGUCGUACAAGGAGCUCUCGGCGCUGCAAUUAUGCCAAGAGAUUCAGGCCCAUGAGGGGUCGAUUUGGACGAUCAAGUUCAGCCAGGACGCGCGGUUUCUUGCCAGCGCAGGGGAGGACCGGAUCGUUCACGUGUGGGAAGUGCAGGAUUGCGAAAUCAUGUCGUUGAGACUUGGCGAGGAAGGAGGGGCUAUUUCCCAGAAUAUGAGUCCUAUUCAUCCUUCCCUCUGUGCUGCUUCUCCCGAUAAUAAACCCUAUCCGGCUCUUGGGGAGGUUACGCCAUUGCCAUCGGAGAAGAAGAGAAAGGGCAAGUCUAGCACGAGGAAAGGGAAUUCGAUUCCGGACUAUGUUCACGUACCGGAGACGGUGUUCUCACUCUCAGAGAGGCCUGUCUGCUCCUUCCAAGGUCAUGUGGAUGAUGUUUUGGACCUGUCCUGGUCCAAAUCUCAGCUGUUGCUCUCAUCUUCGAUGGACAAAACUGUGAGGUUAUGGGACUUGGAAAGCAAGAGCUGCCUAAAGCUGUUUGCUCACAACGACUAUGUAACUUGCAUACAGUUCAAUCCUGUAGACGACAAUUAUUUCAUUAGUGGCUCACUCGAUGCAAAGGUUCGACUAUGGAGCGUACCCGAUCGGCAUGUUGUCGAUUGGAUUGACUUUCAUGAAAUGGUCACCGCUGCAUCUUACACCCCUGACGGCCAGGGUGCCAUCAUUGGUUCACACAAAGGGAGUAUUCGCACGUAUAACACUGAAGAUUGCAAAUUAGAUCAAACAAGCCAGAUUGAUAUUCAAACUAAGAAGAAAUCUCACGGUAAAAAAAUUACUGGCUUCCAGUUUGCCCCAGGAAAUCCAUCUGAAGUGCUUGUUACUUCGGCUGAUUCCCGGAUUAGGAUUUUGGAUGGUUCAGAUAUCACUCACAAGUUCAAAGGUUUUCGAAAUACAAGCAGCCAAAUUGCAGCUUCUUUUAGUCUAGAUGGGAGAUACAUCGUUAGUGCAAGUGAAGAUUCUCAUGUUUACAUUUGGAAGCGUGAAGAGCCCAGAAAUGGAGGCACUGGAAAAGGCAAAAGCAUAAUCACUGUCCAAUCACAAGAGCACUUUCAGUGCAAGGAUGUUUCGGUAGCAAUCCCAUGGCCAGGCACAAUAAAAGGUGACCCCCCAGCCAUGCCGGUGCAUUCAAAAAGGCAAUCCAAAAUUUUCACCUCCCCGUUACCUUCUGCUAGUGUUUCUCCAACCCGAGAGGACAACGGCACAAACAGUAAAAGACAUUUGCCACCGCUUCCCAAGAAAACCUCUACUGCUCUAGAAAGUGCUUCAACUCCCACAGAAGAAGAGCUUGCUCUGGUUUCUCAUACGGAAUCUGGGAUUGAUGAGUCUUUGAUCAAUUCAGUUUCUGCCUCUGUUAGGCUUGGCGAUUCAUUUUCUAUAUCUGCUGCUGCCAAUCCAUCGUCGUCUUGGUCUUCCUCUUGGUCUUUGUUUGAUGCUGGCAAUAACCAUGUGAGCCAUUCCAUCCAACCAACAUCAUGGGGCUUGGUAAUUGUCACCGCCGGUCUGGGAGGUGAAAUCAGGGCUUACCAAAAUUUUGGGUUGCCGCGUAGGAUUGGCCGGCAAACCAGUCUUUUCGGAGGCAAUACAUGAGUAGAUUUUUUUUUUUUUUUUUUUGUUGGAAAAACAUAUUUUCUUGAACAUACAAACUUGAACUAUUCCGGUGAAAUCAAACUGCAGGAGUGGUCUUUAAUUUUUAACGUUGUAAAUGUCAACAGUUCCUUACCAGAAUUUUUGUAAAUCAUAGUUGAUCCAUUUCCAAGUAAUUGAUGCUUAAAUGCC